UUAGCAUUUAUAUUAAAUAAAAUAAUUGCAUUUCCUUGUUCUGUGUACUGUGGGAGACCAAAUAUAGUGAAUGCAGGGACCGGGGAGAGCGGAUAUAGUGAAUGCAGGGAUCCGGGGAGAGCGGAUAUAGUGAAUGCAGGGUCUGGGGGACCGGAUAUAGUGAAUGCAGGGUCCGGGGAGACCAGAUAUAGUGAAUGCAGGGUCCGGGGAGACCAGAUAUAGUGAAUGCAGGGUCCGGGGAGACCGGAUAUAGUGAAUGCAGGGGUCCGGGGGAGAGCGGAUAUAGUGAAUGCAGGGUCCGGGGAGAUCGGAUAUAGUGAAUGCAGGGUCCGG